CCAGCAUAAGCCCGUCGAAAAACGUUGCGCGGAGCGUGAAUUGACUAUUCUGUGACGGAAGGAUUCAUUGUUUUUACCGGCCGUUCUACUACAAAGCAGUUUCCUUUUUCUUCAUUCGAAAAAAAGUUUGAACUAUUAAUUUAAAGAGAUAAUGGAUCGUCUAUUACGGCUCGGUGGUCCGAUGUCUGGCCUCGGACAAUCUGCUCCGCCAACUGAUGCACCGGUUGUCGACACAGCCGAACAGGUUUAUAUUUCUUCUUUGGCAUUGUUGAAAAUGCUUAAACAUGGACGAGCUGGAGUUCCAAUGGAAGUCAUGGGACUUAUGCUUGGAGAAUUUGUUGACGAUUACACAGUCAGAGUGAUUGAUGUAUUUGCUAUGCCUCAGUCAGGAACAGGUGUCAGUGUUGAAGCUGUAGAUCCAGUGUUUCAAGCUAAAAUGUUGGACAUGCUCAGGCAAACUGGCCGCCCUGAAAUGGUUGUUGGCUGGUACCAUUCCCAUCCUGGAUUUGGUUGUUGGUUAUCUGGUGUAGAUAUCAACACACAGCAGAGCUUUGAGGCCUUGUCUGAACGUGCUGUUGCUGUUGUUGUUGACCCUAUUCAAAGUGUCAAAGGCAAAGUUGUCAUUGAUGCAUUCAGGUUGAUAAAUCCAAACAUGAUGGUAUUGGGACAAGAACCUCGCCAGACAACAUCAAAUCUUGGACAUUUACAGAAACCAUCAAUUCAGGCCUUGAUUCAUGGACUUAAUCGCCACUACUAUUCAAUCAGCAUCAACUAUCGAAAGAAUGAACUCGAACAAAAAAUGUUGUGGAACUUGCACAAGAAAUCAUGGACUGAGGGACUAUCGCUAGCCGAAUACGAGCAACACUGCAAAAGCAACGAGCAGAGUGUUCGCAGCAUGCUCGAACUAGCCAAAACUUAUAACAAGGCUUUGGAAGAAGAAGAAAAGAUGACACCCGAACAACUCGCAGUAAAGAACGUUGGCCGUCAAGAUCCCAAGCGUCAUCUAGAGGAGGAAGUGGAUGUACUGAUGACUUCUAAUAUUGUCCAGUGUCUGGGAGCUAUGCUUUCUACUGUGGCUUUCCGAUGAUUUACUUCAGCUGACGCACCUCUCAUAUCUAUCCGAUGAAUACAAUAAUUCUCAAAAAUCA